AUGACAGUUUUAACCGAGAAUUAUUUCAAUCCUGCUGAUCGGAUUGGUACAUUCAUCGAUAAUGGUAGAUUGGAAAUAACUCAUAUUCUAGGAGUUGGAGCUUAUGGUGUGGUCUAUGCUGCAAAACAUGUUCUCACUCAACGCGUUUACGCUGUAAAGUGUAUGCCAAAAAUGAAUAUAGACGCUAGGCAACAAAGAUUACACGCUACAGAGAUUAGUUUACAUGCUCAAGUUUCUGGUCAUCCAAAUGUCAUUAAUCUUGAAAAAGUUGUAGAAACUCAAGAUACCAUUUAUAUAAUACUUGAAUAUUGUUGUGAAGGUGACCUAUUUUCUAUGAUAACUGAAAAAGGUGGAUAUAUAGGAAAUGACCUCCUCAUAAAACAGGUUUUCGUUCAAAUUUUGGAUGUUGUUCAAUAUUCUCAUUAUCACGGAAUUUAUCAUCGUGAUUUAAAACCUGAAAAUAUUUUGGUAUUUGAUGGAGGAAGGACAGUCAAACUUGCUGAUUUCGGUUUGGCUACAACAGAUAUUUGGUCAAAGGAUUUUGGGUGUGGUUCUACUUUUUAUAUGAGUCCAGUACGAGGAUAUACGACAGCAUCAAAUGAUGUCUGGUCAUUAGGUGUUAUUUUAAUUAAUCUUACUUGUGGUCGUAAUCCAUGGAAGCAAGCUUGUCUUCGCGAUGAAACAUUUUCAUGUUUUUUACGAGAUCCCGAAUUCUUAAAAACGAUUCUUCCUUUAUCUGAUGAACUUUAUGAAAUAUUAAAAGAUAUAUUUAAUCUCGAUCCUGAGAAACGUAUUUCAUUAGAUGAGCUUAGAGAACAAAUGGAUUUCUCCACACCACCUUCAGAAUUUUUGGAUGAUUAUGAUCGUUGUUCGACUUCAACUGGUUCAUCAUCAUCUUUAUCAACAUUAGCGACAAGUCAGCCUGAUUUACUUAAAUGUGAUGAUUCUAAUUCAGGAUUUGAUUUAAAGUGGAGAUUUAAUUAUGAAGAAUCACCUUUUCCAAACUGA